UUUCCGUCGCCAUCGUUUUUAUAGACAACCCAACAGUAUUCACAAAGUUUUAUAAACUAAGCCAAACCGACUUACAAUCGAUGUAAAAACGACAAAAAAAAAAACAACGAAAACUUAGAAAAUCUGAAGAAAAUCAAAGAUAAGUUUAUAAUAACAAACACGGAACCGGAACAAAACAAAAAUCAUGUGGAUUAUUUGCAAUGUUUUUGUGAUUCUGCUGCUUUCACAUUUCGAUGCAGUCAUCACGGAAGUUUUUGAUGCACAUUUACGUGGUCCUGGUUUCGUUAUGGAGCCGCCUGGUCGUGUUGAAUUUUCAAACUCUUCGGGCGGUUGGCUUGAUUGUUCUGCCUCAGGCAGUCCUCAGCCGAACAUUGACUGGGUGCAUGCAGACGGCACUGCAGUCUCAGAAAUUCAUGGAGUGCGUCGCGUUUUACGUAACGGUACGUUAGUUCUGCUGCCAUUUCCUGCUGCCGCCUAUCAUCAGGAUGUGCACAAUACAAUCUAUCGUUGCAUUGCCAGUAAUAGUGUCGGUCGUAUUGUCUCCAGAGAUGUGCAAGUUCGUGCUGUCGUUGCACAAGCUUAUAAAGUGGACGUCGAGGUUUUAUCUGCAUCUAGAGGUUGCACAGCCAUUUUACGUUGUGUAGUGCCGACAUUUGUUAAGGAAUUGGUGCGAGUGGUCUCAUGGGUUCAUGAACCUGCUAUCUACAUUUAUCCAUCAUUGCAAGGAGAUGGAAAAUUUCAUUUAUUACCCACCGGAGAAUUACUUAUUCAUAACCUGCAGGAAAGUGACGAAUCGCAAUCGUUUCGCUGUCGUAGCAUGCACCGUUUAACACGUCAAGUAGUUGUUAGUUCACCCACACGCCUCCGGAUAAAUUCUCAUCGUGGUAUCAUAUCACCUAGCGUUGUUGAGCAUACGGCACAUGUACAAGUAUCACAGGAUGAAGGAGCUGUGCUACUUUGUGUCGCUCAGGGAUGUCCCUCACCUGAGUACAAUUGGUAUACACACAAUGGUCCUGGCCCACUGCCCGUUUUGAGCGGACCACGAAUACGUUUAUUAGGUCCUAUACUCGCAAUUGAGGCGGUAACUGGCGAAGACUCAGGUGUUUAUAAAUGUACUGCCAGUAAUGUAGGUGGCGAAGCUAGUGCAGAACUACGACUUACUGUUGCCACGCCAAUACAAGUUGAAAUAUCACCGAAUGUGCUUAGUGUGCAUAUGGGUGGAACUGCUGAAUUUCGUUGUCUUGUAACUAGUAACAGUAGUCCUGUGGGUAUGCAAAAUAUUUUAUGGUACAAGGAUGGCAGACAAUUGCCAUCAUCUGGUCGUAUAGAAGAUACCCUAGUUGUGCCACGUGUGAGUCGCGAAAAUCGUGGUAUGUAUCAAUGCGUUGUGAGGCGACCUGAAGGCGAUACAUUUCAGGCAACUGCGGAAUUGCAAUUGGGUGAUGCACCGCCAGUGCUGCUGUACAGUUUCAUUGAGCAAACAUUGCAACCGGGCCCAGCAGUGAGUUUAAAAUGCUCCGCAGCCGGAAACCCAACACCACAAAUUUCAUGGACAUUGGACGGAUUUCCGCUUCCAUCAAACGGAAGAUUUAUGAUCGGACAAUACAUCACUGUCCACGGCGAUGUAAUUAGUCACGUGAACAUUAGCCAUGUCAUGGUUGAGGACGGCGGUGAGUACUCGUGUAUUGCGGAGAAUCGAGCAGGAAAAGUGCAGCACGCGGCACGUUUAAAUAUUUAUGGUCUACCCUACAUACGCUUAAUACCAAAAGUGACUGCAGUUUCGGGUGAAACAUUAAAUUUGAAAUGUCCUGUUGCUGGUUAUCCCAUUGAGGAAAUACACUGGGAGCGCGGUGGACGUGAACUGCCCGAUGAUAUACGUCAGCGUGUUCAGCCAGAUGGUUCGUUGACCAUAAGUCCAGUACAGAAAAAUACUGAUUCGGGUGUGUACACUUGCUGGGCACGCAAUAAACAAGGACAUAGUGCAAGGCGUAGCGGUGAAGUAACUGUCAUAGUCCCACCCACAAUAGAACCAUUCAACUUUCAAGAUGGUCUUGCCGAAGGUAUGCGUACACGCACUGUCUGUGGUGUAUCACGUGGUGAUCCUCCGUUGAAAUUGCUCUGGCUAAAGGAUGGUGAACCUUUGCCAGAUCUGUUGGGCGCUAAUGUUACAAUGUUAGAUCAGUAUUCCUCCUUGCUAAGCAUACCCUCAUUGUCGGCUUCACACUCUGGCGAAUAUACGUGUGUGGCCAAAAACCCAGCGGCCGAAAUAAAAUAUACUGCUUUGUUACAAGUAAAAGUUCCUCCACGUUGGAUUGUUGAGCCAGCCGAUGCGAAUGUGGAACGCAAUCGUCAUAUCAUGCUGCACUGUCAAGCACAAGGAGUUCCUACACCCAGCGUAGUAUGGAAGAAGGCCACAGGCAGUAAAUCUGGCGAGUACGAGGAGGUGCGUGAAAGACCAUUUACGAAAUUACUUGGCAACGGUUCAUUGCUGCUGCAGCACGUAAAGGAGGAUCGUGAAGGAUUCUAUCUGUGUCAGGCGAACAAUGGUAUCGGCACGGGCAUUGGGAAGGUCAUUCAACUGAAAGUUAAUUCUUCACCGUAUUUCUCAUCGACAUCUCGCUCGGUGACAGUUAAAAAAGGCGACACUGCACUUUUGCAGUGCUCUGUCAGCGGUGACAAGCCGAUUAAUAUCGUUUGGAUGCGUUCCGGGAAAAAUACAUUAAAUCCAUCGACAAAUUACAAAAUUUCGGUUAAGCAGGAAGCAACGCCCGAUGGCGUAUCUGCGGAAUUGCAAAUACGUACAGUGGAUGCUAGCGACAGUGGGCCAUACUUUUGUCGUGCUUCGAAUCUCUAUGGCAAUGAUCAGCAAUUGGUGCAGUUGCAAGUACAAGAACCACCUCAACCACCCUCUGUGUUAGAAGCAGCAAUGAUAUCAAGUCGUUCUGUGAAUUUAAAAUGGCAACCAAAGACACUUAAUUCAGGCGAUGUAUCAAAGUAUUUAGUUGAAUAUAAAGAGAUGGAUCCGCUAUUUAUCGAGCAAUGGCAACAUGUUGAAGUCAAGGACCCACCGAGUUUUAAUGCCUUAAUAGAAAAUCUUAAGCCAGCUACACGUUAUGCUUUUCGUGUUAUUGCAGAAGGUACAGCGGGACGUAGCGCACCUAGUCAAGAACUUGUUGUACGCACAGAACCACAACGUCCAGCAGGGCCACCUCUAAAUUUGUCAGUACGGCCACUUUCGUCUACGGAGUUGCUAGUCAGUUGGGUAGCUCCUUUAGCAGAAUUGCGGCAUGGCGAUAUACAAGGUUACAAUGUUGGCUAUAAGUUGGCUAGUUCAGGGAAUACAGCCUAUAACUUUACUUCGGUAUCUGGAGAUGGUGAUGGUGGUACUGGAGAAUUGUUAUUGAGCAGUCUACAAAAGUUUGCACGGUACAACGUUGUAGUACAAGCUUUUAACCAGGUUGGACCCGGUCCACUUUCUGAACCAGUUUCAGCACAAACUAUGGAAGAUGUUCCUAGCCGCUCACCAGAAGAUAUACGUUGUGCAGCACUCACUUCACAAUCUCUACAAGUUUCCUGGCAACCACCACCAAUUCAUCAUACAAACGGCCUACUACAAGGCUACAAACUAAUAUUUGAACCCAUACUUGAUGAUUUUUCACCUAGUAAAGAUGAAGUGGAAUCACGCAAAACAACAGCCUUGACUACAGUGUUAACUGGUCUGCGAAAAUACACUAACUAUAGCAUACAAGUACUAGCACAUACACGUAUGGGCGAUGGCUCAUUAUCCAAUCCACUCUACUGUCACACUGAAGAAGAUGCACCCGAAGCUCCAGCAGAUAUCAAAGUCGUAGUUAGCUCACCACAAUCUUUAUACGUGUCUUGGCUACCACCAGCAGAACCUAAUGGUGUUAUAACGAAGUAUAACCUCUAUACCAGAGUCGUUAAUGGUCGUGAAGAGUUAAAUAACGAAAAACGUAGUUUACCUUCACAGCAAUCACAUUACGAAGCAAAAAAUCUCCAUCCACAUAUUGAAUAUCAAUUCUGGGUUACAGCUUCAACGCGUGUUGGUGAAGGAAAAAGUUCACGAGUUGCUUCGCAAAUCACUACAAAUCGUGUACCGGCACGUAUCGUAUCAUUUGGUGGACCAAUUGUGAGACCUUGGCGUUCUACAGUUACACUGCCCUGUACUGCAGUUGGAAAACCGAAGCGUGAAUGGUUCAAAUCUGAUAUGUCAUUGCGUCAAGGUGGAGUUCAUAAUUCGCAAUUACUUGAUUCUGGCGACUUGAUCAUUUCUAGUUUACAAGUUGCCGACAGUGGCAAUUAUAGUUGUCAAGUUGACAACGGCAUUGGUACAGAUCGUUUGACACAUGUCUUAGUGGUGCAAUUACCACCAUCUGCACCGGUUCUAUAUGUUACAAGCGCUACAUCGAGUAGCAUACUGAUGCAUUGGAAAUGUGGUUUCACUGGUAAUGCUCCCAUAACUGGCUACACGCUCUUCUACAGACGUGCUACGGGUAAUACAGAUGAAAUGCAUUUAUCACGUCACGCUUCUAGUCAUGAACUUAAGGGACUUGUAUGUGGCAGCACUUAUCAGAUACAUCUCACAGCUCAUAAUAAGGUUGGUUCAUCACCGGCAAGUAUAACACUUCAUGUGCGUACGCAAGGUCAAUCACCUGGCAUGCCAUCCACGACUAGUCUCAUCGCUCCAAAUUCAACUUCAGUGUUAAUACGUUUGCAUACUUGGCCCGAUAAUGGUUGCCCCUUAUUGUAUUUUGUAUUGCAAUAUCGUCCGGUUACUGAUAGCACCGAACGCGACUGGAUAUUGGUUUCGAAUGCUCUAAAACCGCAACGGCGCUUUACAAUAUCAGGCCUACAGCCAUCUACACUCUAUCAAUUGCGUAUGGAAGCGCACAAUGUAGCCGGCGUGUCGCAGGCUGAAUUCACAUUUGUCACACUCACCAAGGAUGGCGAUCCACCACCACCAGAGAUUGUGCAACGCGGUCAACGCGGCUCGAGCGUUUUUUAUGGAAAUGUGAAUCUAUUGAUACCCAGCAUAGCGACCGUUUCAGGCAUGAUUUGCACAAUUGCAUUGGUUGUAAUGUGCUACCGACACAAACAAGGAAAUCGAAUACAAAAGGAGUCAUUCGAAAAUCGACAAAAUUCUGAAGCUGCUCAACGGGAACGUUAUUAUGCCACAAUACAUAAAGUUUCAAUGCAGAACAAUGACAAAAUACCGGAAACUUCUGAAGACAUUUCACCAUAUGCCACAUUCCAAUUAUCGGAGACGGGGAACAUGUCACAGCCGCACCACGCGGGACCAGCCAACACAUUACUGCAUUCCUUCAUGUACCACGAACGUGCGCUAACUGAGGGUUGCUCUUCACCACCUCCCGCAGCGGUACUAAAAACCACCCAUCACCACAAUCAACGUCCACCAAAGACAAAUCAUAAUCAUUAUCAGACCUCACCAUUUCAUAAUAUCUCAUCAAAGAACCGUCGCCGUCAUUCACGUAAAACAGAGCCAGAAAGUGAAGAAUCUGAGUCUGAUCAGGAUCAAUUGACAUCAAGUCGUACCGAGUCCUCCAAUCAGCAUGAAGGCAAAAUCAAGCACAGUAUCAUCUACCAUGGAGCACAAUCAAGCACAUCCUCAGAUCUUUCACCAAUGUCCGAACAAAAAUCAUUGCCACGUCGCGGUCGUUCAAGGCCUGGAGUCUUGCGCACAUUGCACCCACUUCAACUGCAGGCUGAAUGCAAUAUUGUGCCCAGCAGCGGUUUUCAUCAAUUACCAAUCGAGGCAGGCAUACCUACAGAGCGUGUCGAAUUAGCGGAAGUUGAGUGCGAUGUCGACACGCUGAAGAAAUUGAAAUUGGGCAUGAGAUCAACAUUAUGGUCGCGGCCAUCAUCGACCACCUCCCAAUUACAGCAGCAACAGCAACAACAACAUCAGCAACAGCAACAACAACAACAGCAGCAGCAGCAACACCAACAAGUGAAACAACAGCACACACCGCAGCCACGUCCGCAACACAGUCCAGCACCGCCACAGAAAUUACUAUCCGAGAAAUCCGAUUACUCAAUAUCUGUGUGAGACACCUAAAUGAGUUAAUCGUUGCAGACGUAAGAUUUGCUGGUCUGUGUUUUACUAGGAACGAUGACUAUAACUUAUGUACUUCCUUAGAGAUUUGUGGUAUUUUUCUUAAAAGUGUGCUCAUAUUUAGUAGUCACUUGGAGAGUAAAGUCAAAGAUUAUUUAAUGAGUGUAUGGAAAAUUCUAGUUGGGUUUAU